UCCCCCCUCCCCGCCUACAACCCCCAGCACUCCCCGCGGGCGAGCCGAGCGGGUGGGAGGGCGAUGUCGGCGGGCGCCAUGGCGGGCGCGGUGUCGGUGUCGGAGGUGGCGGUGUGCAACAUGGCGUACGGCGGGCGCCUGGACGAGCUGCGCGCCCAGCUGCAGCGCGACAGGGGCCUGGCCACGGCGGCCGACCAGGCCGGCCGCACCGCGCUGCACUGGGCCUGCUCGGCCGGGCACGCCGCUGUCGCUGACCUGCUGCUGGGGCUCGGGGUGCCUGUCAGCGAGAAGGACGACGCUGGUUGGACUCCCUUGCAUAUUGCCGCUUCGGCAGGCCGUGAUGAAAUUGUGAAAGCCCUCCUUGACAAGGGUGCUCACGUAAAUGCCGUCAAUCAGAACGGCUGUACGCCCCUGCAUUAUGCAGCCUCCAAAAAUAAGCAGGAGAUUGCAAUCAUGCUUUUAGAGAAUGGAGCUGAUCCAGAUGCAACAGACCACUUUGAAUCCACCCCAUUACACAGAGCAGCAGCCAAAGGAAACCUAAAAAUGAUACAGAUCCUUCUGCGGCACAAGGCGUCUGUUAAUAUACAGGACUCGGAAGGGAAUACGCCUCUUCAUUUAGCCUGCGAUGAAGAGAGAGUGGAUGAGGCAAAGCUGCUGGUGUCUCACGGUGCAAGUAUUCACAUUGAGAACAAAGAAGAGCUGACCCCCCUGAAAGUGGCAAAGGGUGGCCUGGGAGCCAUACUUAAAAGAAUGGUGGAAGGCUAGUGAGGGCUUUGAGCUUGACUCUUCCCUGUUGCACUUGUAUUUAAGACUGCAAACUUCAUGUUUUCGUAGUUCAACUAGGCUGUCGUGUAUGAGCAUCAGCAUGUGGUAAUAAAAUGUGUUUCUCUAGGUUUGCUUCAAGUGUACUGCCAAAACAGUCAUUUGUACUUCUGUUGAUUGUACAGAUCACUGCUUUUAAAAUAUUUUUGAUAACGUGCAGUUUGCUUUCAGUUCACAGUAUGAUCUGUAUACGUUAGGUCAUUCCUUCUAUUUCAGCAUCUAGUUUAGGGUUAUUUCUUUCAAACAACAAGACCAAAAGUGCUUUACCUGUUUAAAGUCAAUUUUGUCUUGGAAGCCUGUUCAGUGUCUUUGUUUUUCUCUUAGCAUUUGUGCUUGGGCUUUUUGUCUGUCUUUUUUUGGGUACUGAUUUGCUUCCUUCAGAUAAUUCUAAAUUACUCUUUUUCCUUGUGUCAAAGGCAGUUUGCUGAGUUACUUCAAUAAUUGUACCAGUUUUUACCCUUGUUAGUCUUUUUGAGUGGACUUGUAGUAUUUUAAGCUUCUCUCUUCCAUAUUUUUAGUUUAGUUUUAAAUCUAAUUCAUUUGAUGAAGUGCACUGGGCUGCCUGCAGAAUGGAUGUGCAGUUUGAGUUACCUCUGCAAAGAUACUAUAAUUAUAUGCUCUGGAUGCUUUGCUGGGAUGUGCUUUGAAUCUUUUUUUUCCUGUUGUUCCUUCCGUGGAUCUCUCUGUUCUGUUUGACUUGCAUUGUGUAGCACUGACAUUAUUUUAUAACAGAAGCCUGAGUUAAUCCCUGUUUACUCAUAGCAAAUCCUGGUAUUAAGUUAUUAGAAGGUAGACCCAGUGAACCUGAGUUGAAAAGUGUUUGUGACUGCAGCACAAAUUGAGACACUUUAUAAUCCACCGUGCUUUGUGUGUUGUAUUUUUUUUUCCGUAGUCUUCCCCUGGGUUGAUCUGGCAGACUGUUAGUUAAAAAUUCAUUUCAGUGUUAAAAGUAACGUGAUUUUGUGGAGUGAGAACUGUUGCAGCAGUUCCCCAGCAACUGCACCCUCGUGGUGACUGUGACACUUGCUCUUUAACCAGCUGCCUGUGAUUUUUCCUGCUGCUAUGAAUGCUUGUGAAAACUGCAGUUAAUGGAAACUCCUCCUAAGUACUCCUCUAAGGACUGAAUCGCUGGAAACCUCCCCACUAGAAGUGUUCUUUUUACUGGGAGGACAGGAACUGUGCUGCCAAGCUGUCGUGCUGAAUUUUCUUGAAAUAGUUGAGAAACUAAGCAUGUUUAGGGGGUGUUGUGCUUUGUUUGCAUAUUUUUUUUCAGCAAAGAAUAAGGUUAUUGCUUUAGGAGUCUCAAAGAUUUUCCUGUUCUCUCUGCUUCAGAUAAAGAUUUAAGGGAUAAAGCAUGCUUGUAAGGUGACUUCCUGCAGAAUCCUUCCAGAGCGUAUGGGAAUAAGGAGAGCGAGCUUCCUUAUAUGUAGGUUAUUAGAAAAACUUCAUUCGAACAGCUUCUGUGAUGACUGUAUUCAUGUAAGGUUUUCUUUGGGCAGGGGAGAAGUGGAGCUAUCCUCUAAAUUGCUUUUUCGUGCAAAUCGUUGAAGGCUUCCAUGCACUUGUCACUACUGCGUUUGUUUCUUACUUUUGUGCUGGUAAUCUCUGGUUGAAUUGACAUGGGGGAGGUUGGGAUUUUGUGUUUUGUUUUGUUUGCUUUUUAGUAUGAUGGGAAUUCAAUGUUUUAGCAUUCAGCGAUAGAACUGAGAGUUCUUAUUGCAUAAUAUAAGAUAAUAACUAACAUUUGUGGCAGAAAUAUUUGAGAGGGAAGUACGAAGGUCAACACAUGACCUCCUGUUCUGAUGUUGGUAAGAUAUCUUGUGGUGCCGGUGGAAUAGAGUUCUCUGUUCUCAACAAAUGUUGAUGAUGAAAUUCUGUGAAAUAAAGACAAUUUCCUAAA